GAGUUGCACUUCCACCUCCGCCCACCCUCCUCUUCCAACCUCUGUUCGGCCCCUAGCUUGAUUCCAGCCGUUCCUGCAGCUGCUCCGCAGCCGUUUUCAGGACCCAAACAACCGAAACCGCUGUUCCCAGAAUGGUGAUCCGUGUAUAUAUUGCAUCUUCCUCUGGCUCUACGGCGAUUAAGAAGAAGCAGCAAGAUGUGCUUGGUUUCUUAGAAGCCAACAAAAUAGGAUUUGAAGAAAAAGAUAUUGCAGCCAAUGAAGAGAAUCGGAAGUGGAUGAGAGAAAAUGUACCAGAAAACAGUCGACCAGCCACAGGGUACCCCCUGCCACCUCAGAUUUUCAAUGAAAGCCAGUACCGUGGGGACUAUGAUGCCUUCUUUGAAGCCAGAGAAAAUAAUGCAGUAUAUGCCUUUUUAGGCUUGACAGCACCACCUGGUUCAAAGGAAGCAGAAGCCCAGGCAAAGCAGCAAGCAUGAAACUUAAGCAUUCUGCCUUUUAAGCAUCUUGAAAAACAAGUCUCCGUUGCUUUUAUACAAUAGCAAAAUUAUCUUGGCUUCAAAAGAAAUAGGCUUAUUGUUGAAAUAAUAGAUUAGUUGGUGAUUUCACAUGCAAACAAUCAAAAUGAAUACAUAAUUAAAAUGUGAACAUUAUGGUGAGGAGAAUGGGAGAUGAUAAUAAAAUUUUAAGUAGAUAUCAUAGAAUAGUAUUGUUAUCUGCCAAGGCAUUUUUAGGCACUUCAGUGAUUUUUACAAAGCACCCUAUGCCUUUUUUGGUAUUACUAUUGCAGCUUACGUAUAUCUGCAGCUUAAUGUUGAGGAAUUUAAAAAAGAGAAAGAGAGAGAGAGAGAAUAUCUGUCUCUUGUUCCCAAAUUGCCUCAUUAACUUACUGUACAAGAAUAAGUAACUUUUUGAUGUGAUGUUAUUGUGAUUAAAAAGUACUUGCAGGAAAUGUUUAUGAUAUGUUAAACAUUGUAAUUUCCUGCGAUAAUUAUAACAUUCCCAGUCUUUUGUAGAUGAAACUUCUAUGUAUUGAACCACAUGUUAUUCUGGCUUCUGAAUGUAGCCUAUCAUUGCAUACAGAAUACAUGACUUUCCACAAAAAAAAAGCAAUAGAUGCAUUCAGUUGACAAGUUCCUUGUUUAACUACAUAGCUAUGAUGACAUCAUGUUUCUAAGUUGCUUGACUCAUUGAAAUACGCAUAUGUAUGUCAUGGAAGUGGAAUGGCAAGGAAGUUUAAAAUGGCAUCUUCUGCAAAGAGCUCAGACUUUUAAUUAAAUAUUUUAAAAUAGGUUGGCAUUCAUUGCCCAAGAUUGGUUUUCCUUGAGUUUUCACUAAAAGAAAUCUUAGUGGUUUUCCCCCUUUAAAGCAAGUUGUGAUCAUAAACGCCACUAUCUCUCAAAUAUCUGACCUUUUUGUUUCAGUUUAGGCAUAUAUUGUGUGAAUGCAUUAAUCGAUCUUUUAUAUGCCUCUAUUCCAGUGAAAAGCACAAGUAUCAGAUGAAAAGGGAAACUAAAAAUAUUAAUUCUGAAGACUUCUAAAAAGAUAAAAAAUAUGGCAUAAAUCACUUACCCAGAAGAUGUACAUAUUGUACUUUAGUUCCAUACUACUUUAUUACUAAAAGCAAAUACCUUUUACUUUCAACUACUUUAUCAUAUCCAUUGUAUGCAAGUCUGUACUCUUUGCCAAAAUCAACAUAUAAUGAAGACAUGGGUUUGUUUAUGGUGAUUCAAACUUGAUGCAAUGCUUUAAAAUAAACUCAGUACUUUUAGAAACAUAA